UUUGCACGGGACUCCGCCGAGGGAGGUGUCGCGCACUGACAGCGUCGCCAUGGAGCCGAGGGCGGGUGUUUCCAAACAGGACAUUCGUGAGCGGAUUUGGGACUACAUGGAAUCACAAAAUUUAGCUGAUUUUCCCCGGCCUGUUCAUCACAGGAUUCCCAACUUCAAGGGCUCUUAUCUGGCUUGCCAAAACAUCAGAGACCUCGAGGUUUUUGCCAGAACGCAGGAACUUAAAGUGGACCCUGAUAAGCCACUGGAAGGUGUCCGGUUGCUGGCGCUGCAGAGCAAAAAAACAUUGUUGGUUCCAACACCACGACUGAGAACGGGGUUGUUUAAUAAGAUUACUCCACCCCCUGGAGCAACUAAAGACAUCUUGAGAAAAUGUGCCACCUCUCAGGGCGUGAGGAACUACAGCACUCCCGUGGGCUUGGACUCCAAGGUCCUUGUGGACUUGGUUGUGGUGGGGUCCGUGGCUGUUUCUGAAAAAGGCUGGAGAGUUGGGAAGGGAGAAGGCUAUGCCGACCUCGAAUACGCCAUGAUGGUGUCGAUGGGAGCGGUCAGCCAGGGGACGCCAGUGGUCACCAUCGUCCAUGAUUGCCAGGUCGUUGACAUACCUGAAGCACUCCUCGAGGACCACGACCUCACUGUGGACUAUAUCCUCACUCCAACUCGAGUCAUCACCACAGGGUGUGAGCGCCCCAAGCCAGCGGGAAUCGCGUGGUCCAAGAUCAGCUGUGAGAUGCUGGGGAAGAUGCCCAUCCUCAGAAGCCUGCGCCACCGAGAAGAGCAGGCUGGGAAGGACGUCACCCUCCAGGACGGGCCCCGGAGCCCUCCGGGUGCCACCAGAAGCCCUCGGGACCUGGCCCCACCAGAAUUGGGCUCUGUGCCUCCCAGCUCUGUUCAGAUUGGGAACCUCCCCCGGGAUGCCAGGGUGAGCGAGCUGAAGCGGGCCCUCAGCGCACUGGGCGUGGCGCCCUCGCGGCUCACCUGGCAGGGGCCGCAGCACAGGGCCUUCCUUCACUUCCGGGACCCGGCCGAGGCCCAGCAGGCCAUCGCCUGCCUGCAGGGCUUCCGCCUGGGUGCCAACACAGUGAGGGUGGUGCUGGCCAGGCAGCAGAGAGCCAGUGAUCUGGUGGGUGGCCACACCACAGAGCCACUCCCUGACCAUCGACUGGCCAUUGCUGGCCCAUGACGACGUGCCGCUCCAGUCCCCAGCGAACUUCUGAGCCCAGCAUAGCGGGCCGUGGUGGAGCCGUUGCUGCCUGAGCUGCUGUUGAAUUCGGUCCUUUCUGGGAAGUCAGAGCUUCAGUUGCUGCCCAGUGUCUCCUGGGGGCAGGAAGUCAGCCUGUGAGGCGCUUGGAGUCUCUUGGAGGCAGGAAGUUCACAUUCAGGCUUUGGCGCAUCCUGGUCCUUCAGCUUUCGGAAUGUCACAGCCCUGCUGGUCUCUUGGUUGAGGGGACUGCGUGGGCAGUAAACAGAGAAGUGAAUUCCUGCAGCAGUCUAGGGGGCCUGCAUUCUGAACUUGAGAGGCAUGGGGGAUUAAGAGGAGGUGGACAGACGAGUCUGCCAGGAGAGGCCUUGGCAGGGACCAGCUGCAGAGGCACAGCAGGGUGGAACCAGAAGUGACCCUUUUGUUCCCAGCUUUUUGGCCUCGCACUGCUAGAGGGAAAAAGGUGCAGUCAACCUGCAGAAGCCAGGGGGUUCAGUCCAAUCCCCGGGGCACAGUCUGCUCAUCUCAUCUCAGCCCUGAUGCUGGAGAUGGCGGCCAGUCCAAUGGGACCCUCUGGCCGUGUCGUCUCACCUCUGUCCCCUCCUCACUGUUGUAGCUGGGCUCCUCCCUCUGGGUGACCCCACCCCCACCCCCGCCCCAUCCCCACUGUUGGCCAGCUGCCCUCGCACAGCAGGAAGCUCUGCCUCUAGGAGAUCCUGGCUUUGAAAAGUGAGUGGUCCCAGCCUGUGUCACAGACGAGGCCAAACAGAUGCUCUCACACUCAUUUGCCCACUGCUGUGUGUUCUCUGCAUCUUUCCCUCCAUUUCUCUCCUAAAAUCAAGCUGGACUUUGGCUGAACUGUGCUUUCUAAACAGAAGCGCUUUUGCAGUUGAUCCUGGGUGAAAAGUCAAGAUAAGUAUUUAAGUGGAGAUUUUAUUUUAUUUUUUGCAAAUGUAUAUUCAUUGGAAGUGUUUAUUUUUUCACCAGAAGGUCUUACUGAGCAUGGUUUGAGCCCAUCAUUACGCCUCAAGGGGGCAGGCCUUGCCAGCGCUUUGAAGAAAAUGUUCUCAAGGCACUCAGUCUCUGUUUGAAAAAGCAUUUUCUCAUUGAUGGAGAGUUUGGGAAGAGACUCGACCCUUAGAUUUCCUCGUUAAAUGCCGCCUCUUUCCACAUUUUUGUGAGCAAAAUCAGGGAGUAGAAUAUCUUAACGGAGGCCAGACUGUCAGGCCUCUGGGCUCACCUUUCUCUGCCCGAACCACACGCCCCUGUCCUUCAGCUGGUGUCAUUUGGUCACUUGUGUUCAUCUUGGCCAUUGCAGACCAGCUGACCGCCCAGUCCAGAGUAGUGGCCUGAUAUCUGAACUCCUCACUCCCCUUGGGUUUCCCCCUUUUCCCAGAGCACCUCUUGCGUUUGACAUGCUGAGUUUUUGUUGAUGUCUUUAUUGUUGGUUUGCCACCAUUGGAGCAGCGCCCUGGGAGGUUAGGAAGUAAGCCUGCUCCUGCCUGUGCUCUCUGCCAUCCGUCCCCUAGCCUCGAGAACUGCCUGCUGAUGCGUGCGCAGAAAUGAAGGGACCCAUCAGUCAGAGCCGAGGGCCAGGCUGUGUCCGUGCCUCGCUCCUGGGGCCGGGUGUCCGGUGAGCCUGGAGCCAGCUCCUCACACUGCUGAGCUUUGCAUGUUAGGGAUGACCCCUGUGGGCUGGGCCAGGUUGCUGGGCUCCCUGUCACUUUUAGCCAGAAGAACCCAGGUGUGUUGAUACACACAUAGUCUGAACGCAUUCAUUGUCUUCAUAUUGGGACAGUAGGUUGGUAGGCAGGAGACAGGACCAAGGGCCUGAAAUAGCCGCCGAUGUGGCAUGUGCGUGCCCCCCCUCUGCCCGCCUCGGGCCGCCCUGGAGCCAGAGUUCUCAGCUCUGCCAGAAGGGGCAUCAGGGACCCAGGUUUUUGUUCCCAGGGUUCUUGAGUAUUUGUCAGUGUCAUAAUCAUGAAAUUCACAUAAUAAGAGAAUAAUGGAAAAUGAGCACUUGACAAGUUGCUGAGACUGCAUGGACCUUUUUAAGUGGCUCUGCCGUGACUCCUGGGUCCCAUCCUGUUUGCUGAGCGGUGGUGCAGCUCUGCCUGCGAUGCGAGGAGACUCGACCACGCUGGGGCAGCACCCUCUCCAGAAACCCAGCCUCCGCUCUGCACGGGGCCAGGUGCUGGGGCUGUGCCGUCUCCGCUGUCAGUCCCUAUGAUAUCGUGGAGCCUCUCUGGGCAUUUGUGUCCUUGGCUUUAUAGUGAGAGGGUCAAGCGUGUUGUUCCUAAGGCCUGGCCAGUUCUAACGUCCUGUUUCUUUUGAGGUUCACUGCUCGCCAUCACUUAGAUUUUUCCACUCUGGAAAUUUGGGGCUGUCAGAAGUAUUGUACAAAGGGUGUCAUCCCUCACCCCACCACGUAAGCAGCCUUUAUAUUGCCUCUUAUUUACCUCUGGUCUUUCCUCUGCACAGUAGUAAAACACAGCUAGCAUUAACACAUGUGCUUCAGAACCACACAGAUUGGGCCAAGAGCAUCUGUCUUGCCACUGCCGGGCACCUCCUCUCUGAGCUUCCACAUGCUCAGCUGUAAAUGGACAUAGUGACAGGAUCUCCUCUACAUUUGUUAUUUUGAAGGGUGAAUAAAGCAGCUUGGAUUUCUAAA